AUGGAGAUGCCACAAGGUUACAGACCUUCUCUCAGAACCUAUAGAAACACAGAGAAUCUGAUUCUCAUUCCUCUUGCAGCCUCAGACCUUACCAGUUCCUGUCUUAUCUACACUCCUGCCUCUACACUCCUACCUCUACACUACUGCCCCUACACUCCUGCCUCUACACUACUGCCCCUACACUACUGCCCAUACACUCCUGCCCCUACACUACUGCCCCUACACUACUGCCCCUACACUCCUGCCCCUACACUCCUGCCUCUACACUACUGCCCCUACACUCCUGCCCCUACACUCCUGCCUCUACACUACUGCCCCUACACUACUGCCCCUACACUCCUGCCUCUACACUACUGCCCCUACACUCCUGCCUCUACACUCCUGCCUCUACACUACUGCCCCUACACUACUGCCCCUACACUCCUGCCUCUACACUACUGCCCCUACACUCCUACCUCUACACUCCUGCCCCUACACUCCUGCCCCUACACUACUGCCCCUACACUCCUGCCUCUACACUACUGCCCCUACACUACUGCCCCUACACUCCUGCCCCUACACUCCUGCCUCUACACUCCUGCCCCUACACUACUGCCUCUACACUCCUGCCCCUACACUCCUGCCUCUACACUACUGCCUCUACACUCCUGCCUCUACACUACUGCCCCUACACUACUGCCUCUACACUACUGCCUCUACACUCCUGCCUCUACACUACUGCCCCUACACUACUGCCUCUACACUCCUGCCCCUACCUACUGCCCCUACACUACUGCCUCUACACUACUGCCUCUACACUACUGCCCCUACACUCCUGCCUCUACACUACUGCCUCUACACUACUGCCCCUACACUCCUGCCUCUACACUACUGCCUCUACACUCCUGCCUCUACACUACUGCCCCUACACUCCUGCCUCUACACUACUGCCCCUACACUCCUGCCUCUACACUCCUGCCCCUACACUCCUGCCUCUACACUCCUGCCUCUACACUUCCCUUCCCACUUCCACAACGGUGUCCAGAGCUCCCAGUUCCCCAGAAAUCCUGUAACGGAAUGCUGACCAGCGAUGCGUGA